AAUUUAUGAUAUUAAAUCGAAGGAAGUCGUUGUUUCACGUCGGACGGUUUGCAGUCGUUACACAGGCCUUCAGACUUCCGGUGUGCCAUAAUACCGCUGCGCAAACAUCAGGCGGUGGAGAGUGGACGCUGAUGGGGGACGAAAAGGAGACCUGGAAAGUAAAAACUCUUGACGAAAUUCUACAGGAGAAAAAACGAAGAAGAGAAUUAGAAGAGAAAACGGAUCCCAAGCGCCAGAAAAAUAAUUUUCCAUUAAAACUCACCAUGUCCACAAAGGUCCUUGUUCCACAGUCGGAUGAUCGGGAAGCCAAACGAGAUACUCCGGAGGAAGGAGAACUACGGGAUCAAAAGAUGGAAAUAACAAUUCGUAAUUCCCCGUACACACGGGAGGACUCCACAGAGGACAGGGCAGAGGAAGAUGAAUCGUUGGCUAUCAAGCCUCCACAGCAAAUAGCCAGAAAAGACAAGUCUCACCACCGAAAGGAGGAGAAGAGAAAAGAUAAGAGACGUCAUCGAAGUAGCUCUGCAGAAGGAGCAGGGAAACAAGUACGACCCAAAGACAAAGAAAAAGAGCGAGAGAACGAACGCAGGAAGCGUCAGUGGGAGGAAGACAAAGCCCGGCGAGACUGGGAGAGGCAGAAAAGGAGAGAACAGGCCAGAGCUCAUUCACGCAGAGAAAGACCCCGAUUGGACUCUCCUGGGUUUUUUUUGGACCACAGGGACCGCCUGGAACAACAGGAGCGCCAGCGCGAGCGAGACAGAAAGCUCCGCGAACAACAGAAGGAGCAACGUGAGCUGAAGGAGCGGGAGAGGAGAGCCGAGGAGCGGCGCAAAGAGCGAGGCGGUCGCCGAGAAGUGCCGUCUCACCAUCGGAUGCUACCGGACGAGUAUGGGGACAAACCCAAACAAAGCCACAACAGCCGAAGUCCCAACCGCAUUCCCCGAGACAGAUCUGAGCUCAGCGAACCUCGGAAAAGUGCACCGCCAAAGGAGGAGAAGCCAGAGGGCAAAGACCUGCUCGCAGAUCUCCAGGACAUCAGUGGCAGCGAGAGGAAGACCAGCUCAGGAGGUUCCUCCGUCGCAUCGGGAUCAGGCUCUGAAGAGGAGGGUGAUGAUGAUGAAGAGGAGUCCAGCAGCCAGAGUGAGGGUGAAGGAGAGGAAGAGGAGUCUGUUUCAGGCUCUGGACGGUCCGAGCAGAGUGCAGAGGACGUGAGCGAGGACGAGCAGUCAGCCGAAGAAUUUGAAGACGAGAGAGAAAACGGAAAUCACGUACCUGCAGUGCCAGAGUCCCGCUUCGAUCACGACUCUGAGGAGAGCGGUGAAGACAUGGAUGCAGAGGAGGAGGAGGAGGAAGAGGAGGGGGAAGAAGUAGAAGAAGAAGACGAAGAGGAGGAGGAGGAGGAGGAGGAAGAGGAGGAUGCAGGAGAAGCUGACCCCACUCCUCAGUCUCAGACUCAUUCUCGCUCCCCGACCCCCGAAGAGAACUACAUCCCAGAUUCCCCUCCAAUGUCCCCCGUGGAGCUGAAGAAGGAGCUGCCCAAGUAUCUGCCUGCUUUACAGGGUUGUCGCAGCGUUGAGGAAUUCCAAUGCCUGAACCGAAUAGAGGAGGGUACCUACGGCGUGGUGUACAGAGCCAAAGACAAAAAAACGGAUGAGAUUGUGGCCUUGAAAAGGUUGAAGAUGGAAAAGGAGAAGGAGGGCUUCCCCAUCACCUCUUUAAGAGAAAUCAAUACAAUCUUAAAGGCUCAGCACCCAAACAUCGUCACAGUGAGGGAAAUCGUUGUUGGAAGCAAUAUGGACAAGAUCUACAUUGUGAUGAACUACGUGGAACAUGACCUGAAGAGUCUGAUGGAAACCAUGAAGCAGCCCUUCCUGCCAGGUGAAGUGAAGACUCUGAUGAUUCAGCUGCUGCGAGGUGUCCGACAUCUCCACGACAACUGGAUCCUCCAUCGGGAUCUGAAGACGUCCAAUCUGCUGCUGAGCCACAAGGGCAUCCUGAAGAUUGGCGACUUUGGUUUGGCCCGGGAGUACGGCUCCCCCCUGAAGCCCUACACCCCCGUCGUGGUGACCCUGUGGUACCGAUCACCAGAGCUGCUGCUCGGAGCCAAGGAGUACUCCACAGCUGUGGACAUGUGGUCAGUGGGCUGCAUAUUUGGCGAGCUGCUCACCCAGAAACCUCUUUUCCCUGGAAAAUCUGAAAUCGACCAAAUUAACAAGAUCUUCAAGGAUCUGGGGUCGCCCAGCGAGAAGAUUUGGCCCGGCUAUGGCGAGCUGCCCGCUGUGAAGAAGAUGACUUUUACAGAGUACCCCUACAACCACCUGCGAAAACGCUUCGGAGCGCUGCUCUCGGAUCAGGGCUUUGACCUCAUGAACAAAUUCCUCACCUACUGCCCCAGUAAGCGGAUCCUAUCGGACGAGGGGCUCAAACACGAGUACUUCCGGGAGAAGCCGCUGCCCAUCGAGCCGUCCAUGUUCCCCACCUGGCCGGCCAAGAGCGAGCAGCAGAGGGUGAAGAGAGGCACCAGUCCCCGUCCCCCCGAGGGAGGACUGGGCUACAGUCAACUGGGCGGCGACGACGACCUCAAAGACACCGGCUUCCACCUGACGACCAGCAACCAGGGAGUGUCGGCAGUCGGCCCGGGAUUCAGCCUCAAGUUCUGAGGCCAGAGCUGCACGAUACCUGGCUGUCUAUCCCAGGCAGCGGGAGCAAAGACAUCUGGGACCUGUUGCUCGUUUGGAAGUAGGACAGCGUCCCUGGUACACAGCUAUGGACCGGAUGACUCUCUGAACAUUUAAACAACUGUUACCAAAAGUGGUCGGGACUGUCUCACAGCAAGACCGGUGGCUCCAACGUGUUGAAUCUUCCGAAAUGAAUCUUCUCAAACCAUUUUUAAAUGUGGCCAUUGUUGCUCUUUAAAGAGGAGACUAGACCGUACAUUCGUUAGACGUUCAGCGCUCAUGUUUGACCUUUUGUUUUAUUUUACGAGAGAGGAGCAGAUUUUUUCUAAGUGGUUGGUAUUUCCUGGCUGCCUGAGCUACUGUAUAAUGAUCCAUCCAGCAUCAUGCUAGAAAUUUACUUUCUCUGUCAAUGUCACUCGAUGCCAGGGGGACGAUGUUUUUACAAGAAAUAAAAUCUGAAACUUUG